GUAAAAGAAUCAGCACACAGUGUAAAAGGAUCAUUUGGAUAUUUAAAACCUCUCAUUUUAGAUUAAAUUUCAAAUGAAUUAUAAAAUUUUAUUAAAAAAAGACUCACAGAUAAUCUUCCAUUUACAGAUGAAGAUGUUUUAUAUAUAUAUUAAUAAGGAUUAGUAGUAUUAACUGAAUAUAUAGCUUUUAAAAGAUUCGUAAAAAAAACAUUUAAUAUAGACAUUGAUUUACAUGAAUUAAAAAGUUAAAUUGAUGAAUGUUAUAAAGUAUAUUUUAAAAUUUGCAAUAUAUAAACUGAUAAUAUAAGCUUAAAAUAAUAAAUUUCUUAAAAAGAUUAAAAAGAUAAUAAUAAAUUAGAUAAAACAAAAUCUAAAGAAAAUAUGAUUUUUAAAUAAAGUUCUUUAAAAGAUAAUUCUGCAAAAGAUCUUUCAUUAAAAGAAAGUUCUAUAAAAGAAAGAAAAGUUAAAGAAAGCUCAAAGAAAUUUAUAGAAAAUA